AACAGCAUUUAAACACUCAGUCAGAUCAGAGGAAGUGAACAAACACAGGAAGAGCUGAUAGUAUUUAAAGAAAGAGUUGUGAGCAUAUAAUGAAGAGGAAGACUGACAGAAAGAGAAAAUGGCUGAUAAGUGUCAUUUGUGUCUGCUGGGACUGAUCAUUCUCUCUUCACUUCUCACAGGAACCAGUGGAGUGAAUGAUGAUCAUGUGUUCAUCAGUUCUGGUGAAAAUGUCCGUCUGCGCUGUAAUAAUCAUCUUCAUGACUGCAAAUCAACUACAUGGAACUAUAAUAUCAGACAUUCAGCAGCAGUUGAACUGAUUGGUUUAGGGAUAAAGAAGAAAGACAUCGAGAGACAUGAGAGACUGAGUCUGGGGUCUGACUGCUCUCUGAACAUCAACAACAUCAUAAAAGAAGAUUAUGGAUCUUACAUCUGCCAACAAUAUGUGAAUGACAAACAACAAGGAACUGAUGCACGUGUUUUUCUGCAUGUUCUUCAUGUCUCUUCAUCAUCCUCACAGACUGAGAUCAGUGCAGGCAGCUCUGUGACUCUCUACUGUCAGUUGUAUUCAUAUUCUGGAGUCUCUUGUGAUGAUUGGAUCCGUUCUGAGGGAAUUCAGCUGUUCUGGGUGAAUCAGGCUGGUGUUAAUCUGACAAUAUCAGACUCCAGAUAUCAGAUAUCAGCUCCAGGACACUGUAUCAUCACUCUGACUACAACACUCCUGAAUGAAGAUGACAACAGAGAGUGGAGAUGUGAAGUUACUCACAGACAUCAAGUCAAGACCUCAGUCACAUAUACUGUCAAGAUUUCAGCUCAAGAUAAAACAACGGCAGCAGUGAUUCCAGUUCACAUCACAAACUCUCAGGAUCAUGAAACUACAAACACACACAAAACUAAAGCUCAAGAUAAAACAACGACAGCAGUGAUUCGAGUCCACAUCACAAAAUCAACUACAACAACAGCAGUAACUUCUACACGAGCUCCAGUCACUUCAACACUGAUUCCAGUCAGCAGAUCAAACUCUGAGACGACUUCAAGACAAACUACAGCAGCAGCUCCUGCACAAGUGAUUGUGAUUGUUGUCGGCGCUUCAUUCGCUGUUCUCCUUCCUGCUCUGAUUCUUUGGCUGAUUCGGAAAAAAAGAGCCGGUGUCAGAAGAGCGACUGAUGACUCUGUGGAGCAGACAGAUGAUGUGACUUAUACUCAAGUUACUGUGAACAAGAAAAACCAAGACAAAAAGAACAAGGUUCGCUGUGAUGAUAAAGUGACUUACGCUUCCAUCAGAGGAGCAGAAGCUGGAGCUCAGGAAAACUGCAGUCAACUUUAUGUCUCUGUGAACGAGAACCAUCACAAAUCAGACAAACAAUUAUACAAAACCACAUAUUAUAUUAUUGACUCCUAAUGGUUUUGUUUAGUGCCAUUAUAAAUACUGUCAGUGUCUUUUACAUAUUAGGAAACUGUAACGGAGAUGCUGAGGCAGCGUUAGAAUUCAUA